GGACAAGUAACCCCCCAACCCCAUGAAUAACUCCAGCACCUAGAGGAAAGGCUUUCUGUUUGAUUGGCCAUGGCGACCAAUGUCCCAGCAUGUCUGAAGUCUGCGGACAUUACUCGGUUCGCCGGCAGGGCAUCGCAGGUUGAGCGCGUAAAGCCUGUCAUUGCAUACUGGUGUGAGUAUCUUCUCCCCCCUCUCCGUAUUUCCAAGAUAGAGAUAAAGCGACUGACGUUGUCUAUUUAUUUCACUCGCAGGCAACUUUUGGAUAGUCAAUCAGAUAAUAGAAAAGAGUCUCCAUACCUCCAACGAUGAAAUUGCGCAAUACACGGCAGCUCUCAUGGAUAAGCUGGAGCAAUUCAAAAACGAAAACCCGGAUAAUGAUACGUUGAUUGAUAAUGAUGCUGCAAGUGCAUAUGUGGAGAGCUUUGCCUUGGAGGUCUUUGAUCGUGCUAAAAAUGCCAUGGAUGCGAACAAGGUUACUCGACAAACCGCCGAUACCUUUCUAGCUGCUGUUACGUUUCUCCAGCUGUGCCAGAUUUGGGGGCCCCUGGAUCCGGAGAUUGCUGCGAAGAUCAAGUUUGCGAAGUUCCAUUCUGUGAGAAUUUUGAAAGCUAUCAAGGCUGGGGAGGAUCCAAAUGCUACAAAUCCAGUUCAGAGAGCGGAAGAGAGUCCUGAAGUGGAGCUUGAUCAGCUCGAAUCCGAAGCUCAGGGUCCCGAAAAAUCUGCACCGGAACAAGCUGUGCAGCCGUUACAACCAUCCGUGGAAGACGUCCCAGAUGAACCUUCGGGGCCAUCUCCCAUUUUCCCUCAGCCUCCAUCAGGUCUAGCAAAUCCACCUGCUAACGGACAAGGCCCGCCGUUGGAUCUCCCCUCAGCCCCUGCAUCAUUUGAUCGCCCUCCGUCGACUUCGAUCCCAAGCCUCCCAGACGCCCCAGGAAGCACCAGUCUCCCUGCGCAGUCUUCCUUGAGCUCAUUCAAAGGCUUCCAAUCUUUCCCUCCCCCAACCACGGAAUCUCCUCCUAGCCCUACUGUCUCCUCCCACGACCCAAGUUCGUUCUACGGCAAACCAGAUCCGAAUACGGGGAUUACUAAACCACCGGAACAGCCUUCCGGGGCGUCUCUUGGAAAGGCAGCCCCAAUAUCACGACCUACACCUGUACCCGAGCCUGCGAAUGCUCCUACACGGCUAGCUGCUGCUCCAAAAUCAAGAAAUCUGGCUUCGCAGUCAGUUGAUGACAACUCGAUAGCUUUGGCGCAGAAACAUGCGCGAUGGGCGGUCUCUGCAUUGACAUUCGACGACGUCGAUACGGCGAUUAAGGAGCUUAGGAAUUCCUUGAGAUACCUUGGAGCAGAAUGAUUGCAUAUGUGAGCGUGAUCUAUGUUUAUGAUACCGUUUCGUUUUGUCCUCUAACUGUUUCUAUCUCCUUUACUUGCCGGUGACGAUGGUUGCUUCUUUCCCUUUCUUUUUUUGCUCAACGAAAUGAGAACAUGACUGUCCAUAUCUAGCUCUUUUAGAAGGCUUAGCUCUUUCUCUCUAUUUGUAAAUCAAGCCAAAAUAUCGCGGUCUCAAAUGAUGGUUUGAAUCUGGCACCAUGAGUAUCUAGGUAGGAUGGAUAGCAGCCCUUAUUCAGCUCAGAGCCUUGUUUGAGUAAAUGGUAAACUGUCUAUUCUGAACUCG